AUGCUGCCUGAUAGUAACAGCUCCUUCUCUGCUGAAGUCUCUGAAUUCCUCCUGAAUUGUUUUGUCAGAUCCCCCAAGUGGCAACUCUGGUUGUCCCUGCCUCUCAGCUUCCUCUUCCUUUUGGCCAUGGGGGCCAACGCCACCCUCCUGAUCACCAUCUGGCUGGAGAAGUCUCUCCAUGAGCCCAUGUACUACCUGCUCAGCCUCCUCUCUCUGCUGGACAUGGUGCUCUGUCUUACUGUUAUUCCCAAGGUCCUGGCCAUCUUUUGGUUUGACCUCAGGUCCAUCAGCUUCUCUGCCUGCUUCCUUCAGAUGUUCAUUAUGAACAACUUCCUGCCAAUGGAAUCCUGCACAUUCCUAGCCAUGGCCCAUGACCGCUAUGUGGCCAUCUGUAAGCCUCUGCACUACCCAUCCAUAAUCACUGACCAAUUUGUGGCAAAAGCCAUUGUCUUCAUCUUGAUCCGAAAUACAUUUCUCACUGCACCAAUCCCUAUUACCCACAUGGCCAAGAAAAAGGUUUCCCCUGAUAUCCCUGUCUUACUUAAUAUCCUACACCACGUAAUUCCUGCAGCUCUCAACCCCAUUGUCUAUGGCGUACGCACCCAGGAGAUUAAACAGGGGAUUUGGAAAUUAUUAAGGAGAAGUUGGUGA